GCCUGUUUCUUAAAAAAACUUAAGUAGAAAAUCUGACUUAAGUCAAACUUAAGUCCAAAAAAGUCUUUGUCUUUUUUGACUUAAGUAAGAUUUUCUACUUAAGUUUUUUUAAGAAACAGGCCCCUGAUCAAUUACAAAUUUAACAACAAACAUCUUAGAUGACUCAUCUAAAACAAAAUGUAACUAAACAGCGAACACCGACCGAAGGGAGAUGUGAGCUUUCUUGGAUUCAAAGUCAUCAAAGGUCGUUCGCAGAUAUAAGCUGCUUAAGUCAAGGGACCGAGCGAAUGCAAACGAGCGUUACCUUGUUAUGUUAUGUGUGUUGCUAACUAACAUAUAAUAAUGAUAACAUUAAAAGAUGGUAAAAGGACGAGUCGGUCUUUACCGGUUUUUGAGCCAAUCAAAAACUAGCCAAUUAUAAAAGAUGUCACUGAAAUUUCAAACAGAAUAAAAGUUCUGGGGGCUUUAUUUUAUUUUACAAAUUCGAAAUUAAGAAAAAGAAUACUGUGUGUAAUUUUUCUACAAAAAAUCUCAUUUGUUUAUAGUGCGGCUAAUCAACAUCAACAGCAGACCAGCUUUUGCCACUCUUAGAGUUGUAUGCGAUUCCUCCCCUGCUUCAGCUAAAAUCCUGUUCAUAUCUAUUUUAUGAGAAUCAUCGCCUAUUCGUUCAGCCAAUCGAAUCUUGUGGGAACUUAGGAUAUCUUAUGCCAUUAGUUUUGUUUUUUGAUUUCUUCUUUCAUCUUUAGAUGAAAUAAUGAGUAAAAAAGAAGAACAAUUACAAGAGCUAGAGGCUCUAACUUGUAUUUAUCCAGAAGAAAUUGAAGUAAUUUCUGAAGACCCAUAUCCAAAGUUCAAAUUAUAUAUCAAAUCGACUCAUGAUACUAAUGUUGAUUCACAACACAAAUCCGCGUUAACAUUAGAAGUGAAAUUUGAUGAAACAUAUCCUGAACAACCACCUAAAAUAACAAUUAUUGACUCAGAAAAUGUUGACGAUAUAAAUUUUAUUGAGAAUGAAAUUAAAAAAAUUUGUGAAGAAAAUUUAUGCAUGCCUAUGAUUUUUACAUUGUCAAGUCACCUGUCAGAACAAUUGAGUAUUCAAGCUGAAAGUCAUCAUAAAAGAUUUAAAGAACAUGAAGAGCAAAAGCGUAAAGCUGAAGAAGAAGCAGAAAGAUCACGGUUCGAAGGUACCUGCGUCAGUGUAGAAUCGUUUAUCAAAUGGAAAGUUAAAUUUGAUGCUGAAAUGGCUGAAUUAAAAAAUAUCAAAAUUGAUGAAAGUGAACCAAAAAAGUUAACUGGUCGUCAACUAUUUGAAAAAGAUCGUUCAUUGUACGAGUCGGAUAUAAAAUUUUUAUCAGGAGAUGGUGGCGAAGUGGUAGAAGUGGAUGAAUCAUUAUUUCAAGAUAUAAUUGAUCUGGAUUUAGAAGAUGACGCUUCCACAAAUGCAAACGUUGGCGAUUUAUCCGACACUGAACAAUAG